AAAGAAAGCGGCCGUCGGUUGAUUAAGGGGCAGGGGAGAGGAGGCUUUGCUUUUGCUUGGUUCCUCUUCCUCCUCCCCCGUCGACAAGCAAAGGCCACCCACCCUCCAACCCCAGCUACCCACCCGACGCCGCCCGCGCAACCUCCUCCCCCCCCUCCUCCGCAUUCCCCUCCCAAGGCCCGAGCACCUCCCGGCCGCCGGGACGGGAGGGAUCUGCCUCCCCUGCGCGAUUUGAUUUGGGGCCGCCGGCGAGGAGGGGGUUUCUUUUCCUGGCUGGUUGGUUGGGCGGGCGGCCGGUUGGCAUGGGGAUCUCGCACCCGCUGUCCGACGAGUUCUACGGAGGGCCCCGCGGAGGAGGUCUGGGCAGCGCGCUGCUGCUGUCGCCGGAGCGGACGCCGCCGCCCGCCUCCUGCUGCUCGCCCGUGGACGACGGCCAGGAGGACUUCCUCCAGCACCAGGUGUCCCGGAUGGACACGCUCGCCGGCAUCGCCAUCAAGUACGGCGUCGAGAUCUCGGACAUUAAGAGGGCAAAUAGUCUUGUGACUGACAGCCAGAUGUAUGCACACAAGGCAUUGCUCAUACCUCUGCCAGGAAGGCCCAUGCCAUCCUCUGUGAAGCUGAACGGCUCCAGCCUACGAUCGAAGAGAGCGUGGGCUCCGAACAAUCAGCAAAACGGGGACAUUGUGAAUUCACUAGAUUCUGAUAAGUCUAGGCAACAGCAGUCGUCACUUGCAAUGAGCAGCUUGCAGAGCUACUAUGGCCUGAGUUCUCAAGGAGGAGAUGACAUGGAUCUGAGUACAGAAAUGUCCUUGUACAGCAAGGGAAGCUCCCAAGGUAUUGGAAGUGAAAUACUCCCAAUUUCUUCUUCUCCGCCUGACAGUACACAAAGCACUGGCAGAGGCAACGGGGCUACCAAAGAGAAGCAAGAUGGUUCCAUACGCCGGCGGCAGAAAGUGGAGGCGGAUACCCAGGACGACCUUCUGUCGGACUCGAUCAAGAUGAUCAAGAGCUUCCUGCCGAGGCCGGUCUCCAGCAUGCGUCUGAAUACGGACGCGGGCAGCCCGGAUCCCGCCGCGAGGAGCAGUGGCGGCUCAUUCCUCGACGGGUUCAAGUCCGUGGUGCGGAGGUCGCCGAGCGCCCCGAGCUUUGCGGACUCGGAGAACAAUGGGGUCUCCAUGUGGUCGAGCUCCAAGUGGACAUUCAACCACGAGUCCUUCACCCGGCCGUUGCUUGACGGCCUCCCGAAACCCGCGACGGGUCGCAGGAUGAAAGCUGCCCUAGACUGAGUUUUAGUCUCCAUGCCGGCGCAACAGUAGUUCUACUGCUGCAAACUCCAUUUGUAGUCAUGUCAUCCACGCAUGUGAUCUGAGUUGAGAGGGAAAUGGAAGAGGUGACUUGGUUUGCCAUGAUCUUCAGCCACCUCAAUCCUUGUUCCUCAUACUGAUGACGAUCACAUUGACUUGCAGCUCCACACUCCGCCCAUCUGCCUUUUCUCAUGUGGCUUCUGCUGCUAAUUCAUCAUUCGUCCUGUAUAAUUGUAUAUCACAUUAUAUACGGAGUAAAAUGCAUGUUUAACUUUGUUA